AAGGAAGGAGGACGCAUUUCGCUAGACGAUGUUAAAAAGAAUGCUAAACGCGCGCUUUCGUAUGGUAGACGCAAGGGUGUUCUAACCGAUGCUGGUGAUGCUGGUGAGAAAUUUCUACUAUCGAAGGCUACCAAGCCUGAACAUGAAACGCUAAUCAAAUCGGUUCGAGGUGAAAUCAAGCGGCGUUACGGUGUUGGUGUCCCUGCUAAGAAGGGUAGAAAGUUUGUCAAGGGUUCUCAAGAAGCCAAAGAUCACAUGGCUAGAAUUCGUGCGAUGAGAAAACACGGUAAAGCCGGUGGGUCAUUCACGUUUUAA